UUAGGUGGCACUGAUUGGAAAUUUUAGGCGGCACUGACUGGCACUGAUAGGUGGCACUGACUGGCAGCUCUGAUGGGCACUGGUAGGCAAUGAUAUGUGGAAUUGUUGGGCACUGGUGUGUGGCAUUGAUGGGGCUACACUGAUUAUCGGGGCACUAAUCAUCAGUGCCCUGAUGAUCAGUCUGUCAGCGGAAGGAGAGGACUGCCGAUAACCGGUAUUUCCUAUUUACAUGUGAUCAGCUGUGAUUGGACACAGUGAUCGG